ACAAAAUAUGGCUGUUUACUAGCGCAGCUUGCGGAAGUCUGCUGUAAACAAUUGGUCCUCUCCAGUUAACUCAUCUCAAAUAAUGGUAGCCUCGUCGUCGUCCAUCUCAACAUCGUCUUCAUCCUCCGAUGCAUCUGCUUCUCCCUCCAAUCGCCGCCAACACCGCCGUCGCCGCCACAAACGAGAAAGAAAACGUGACAGAGACGGAGACUCCCUGAAAGUGCGAAAAAAGAGUCGGUCCCACACAAAAAGACGUAGUAGACGUCAUUCCUCCGUUGACAGCCACUCUUCUUCUCAUUCAUCGUCUUCCGAAGAUUACAGUUCUACUGACAGUGAACAUGAAACAUCUCAUCAUUCCAAGCGGCUCAAACAGAACAAACCCAGAAAGACCAAAGAGAAAGAGAAAAAGAAAACUCAUCUGCACAAACGUCACAAGCAUAAAGAUAAAGAGAAGCGGCAGGAAGAAAAUAGUGGUCCUGUACAGCUCUCCAAGUUCUUGGGAAGGGACAAAGAUGAUGGUGUACGUCGUAGUGUUGUCUCGGGCAAAAAGAUUCAAUUGAAGCUCGAGAAAACAAAGGAGGAUAAGUUAGCUGAGAACAAUCGAAAUGAGUUGCUGAAAUUCUUGAAUGCUAGUUAUGAUUGACAAAGUUGGGAUGAAAGUUGAAGGUUCUAUGUCUUAAAUCAAAACAUUACAUUUUCUUUUGCAUGUGAUGAGAAGUUUGUUUAAAAUAUUAUAUAUUUUGUGAUGUUCUUGAUUAUGUUAGUUUGAACCGGAAUUUCACUAAUUUAUUUGAUAGCAUUGGGAAAUAAAACGAUUUUACUUGUGAUUGAA